AUGGCGGACCAAGUCGCGGAUAAUCUGGCCAAGCUCCAGCUUGACCCGGAGACCGGUGAGAUGGUCUCCAAGGGCGAGCUGAAGAAGAGAACGCAAAAGAGAGCCAAGUUGGCUUCCAGAGCAGCUGCCAAAGCAAACCAGCCGGCCAAGCCAGAGAAGAAGCCUGCUGCCGCUGCAGCUAAACCCGCCGAAUCCACCCUCGACCCGGAUGCCAUGUUCAAGCAAGGCUUUCUCUCCGAUGUUUACAAUCUGCGACCCUCGAAACCUGUCCGAACACGAUUCCCCCCCGAGCCUAAUGGCUAUCUCCAUCUCGGUCACGCCAAGGCCAUUGCGAUCAACUUCGGGUUUGCGCGAUACCACGGUGGAGAGACCAUGCUUCGUUUCGAUGACACAAACCCGGACGCCGAGGAGGACAAGUACUUUGAGGCUAUUGAGGAUAUCGUUCGCUGGCUUGGAUUUACCCCCCAUCAGAUUACCCAUGCCAGUGACAACUUUGACCGCUUGUAUGAGCUUGCCGAGAAGUUGAUCCAGCUCGGAAAAGGCUACGUUUGCCACUGCAAUGAGGCCGAUCUCAAGUUGCAGCGUGGUGGUGAAGAUGGAAAGUCGCCCCGAUUCCACUGUGAACACGCCUCCCAGGACGUCGAGACCAACCUUGCCAAAUUCCGUGAUAUGCGCGACGGAAAGUACGCGCCGCAGACAGCCUUUUUGCGUAUGAGUCAGAUGCUUCUGGAGAGCGGAAACCCCCAAAUGUGGGAUAUUGUCGCCUACCGUAUUCCCAAGAACCAGACUCCCCACAUUCGCACGGGCACGAAGUGGCAUAUGUACCCGUCCUAUGACUUUGCCCACUGUCUUUGCGAUAGUUUUGAAGGUAUCACACACAGUCUGUGUACUACCGAGUUUAUCACUGCCAGAGAGAGCUAUGAGUGGCUGAACAAGACACUCGGAGUUUACGAGCCAAUGCAGCGCGAGUAUGGCCGCCUUAACAUCGCCGGAACUGUCAUGAGCAAGAGAGCAUUGAGAGAACUGGUUGAAAAGAAGUACGUUCGUGACUGGGAUGACCCUCGCCUUUACACCUUGAUUGCUAUUCGCCGACGUGGUGUGCCGCCUGGCGCCCUUCUGUCUUUCAUCAACGAGCUUGGCGUUACGACAUCACAGACCGUCAUUCAGAUUGCUCGAUUCGAACAGUCGGUUCGCCGUUAUCUCGAGACAUCGGUCCCUCGCCUCUGUCUCGUCCUGGACCCUAUUCGCAUUGUUAUCCAGGACAUCGGCAGCUUGGAAGGAGAAGAGCUUGAGCUGCCGUUCUCGCCAAAGAAUCCCGAAUUUGGCAGCUACAAGUUGAAGAUGACAUCGACCGUCUACAUCGACCGAGCCGAUUUCCGCGAAGUUCCUUCAAAGGAGUUCUUUCGCCUCUCGCCUGGUAACACCGUCGGUUUGCUCAAUGUGCCUCACCCCAUCAAGGCCGUUGGCUUUUCCAAGAACGAGACUACCGGUCGGAUCACAGAGAUUCAAGCCGUCUUCCAAAAAGAGGGCCCCAAGCCCAAGGCAUUCAUCCACUGGGUUCCUGAAGGCUCCCGUAAGGUCGAAGUCCGUGUUCACAACCAGCUUUUCAAAUCCGAAAACCCAUCGGCCGUCGAAGGCGGGUUCCUUUCCGACAUCAACCCCGACAGUGAGAACAUUUACCCCGACGCACUUGUCAACGCCGGAUUUGAGGAAGUUCGCCGUCGUGCUCCUUGGCCGGCGGCUGAGGGCGAAAAGAACGCUUCUGGACCGGAAGCCGUCCGGUUCCAGGCCAUGCGUGUUGCAUACUUUGCUAUGGACUCCGACAGUACUGAAGACAAGGUUGUGCUCAACCGCAUCGUUCCUCUCAAGGAAGAUUCUAAGAAGGAAUCCGACAACUAA